AUAUUUAUGGUUACAAGCAUUUAGUACCAACUCAACUUAUUCACAUCCUAAAGCAUUCCAGUUUCAAAAACUUGGUUAUAGUUUUAAAAGAGUUGUCUUAAAAUCAAUUCUUCUCAAGUUUUAACACAUAUAACAAUGGGUUUUCGUUUCCUUGGUAUCAUUAGAAGCGCAUCAUUUUCUGAAAAACGAGGAGUUUCAAAAGGUGUAGAGGUGCCAAAGGGAUAUGUUGCUGUGUAUGUUGGAGAGAAGCAAAAGAGAUUUGUCAUCCCAGUAUCAUACUUGAACCAACCGUCGUUUCAAGACUUGCUGAGCCAAGCCGAGGAAGAGUUUGGAUACGAUCAUCCGAUGGGUGGCCUCACCAUUCCUUGCACAGAAGAUGUAUUCCAAAAUAUAACUUCUGUUUUGAAUGGGCUAUGAAAAUAACACCAAAAGAGACUGACAUAGCUUAGUUGAUAUAUGUUUUUGUACACUAGGCAUAUUACGAAAUUGUAAUGAUGUGAAAAACUGACUAUUAGAUUGGCAGAGUUAGAAUUUAAUGAUAAUGAAUUCAAUUACUCAAACAUCAUCUCUGUGUUUUUGGUUUAUUGCACUUAACAACUUAGGAAAUAUAUCAUAUGAGUAAUGCUGCUUGAUAUAAUAAAAAGAGAACUUACGUGUUUUUAAAAGCAGGAAUAUAUAAUAACUCAGGAAAAAAGGUGCAAGAUAAAUUUAUUAGUUUUUUUAAACAACAGAACUUGGGCAUGAAAUUAAAAUUCUGGGGUGCAAAAGCCUUAAUAAUGCACGAGGUAUAUUCCCUUCAUAAG